CUGGGUGGAAGUAUAUAUAUAUAAUUAGGUUGGGUGGGGGUGAUAAUGAUGAAGAGAUGUUGUUUGAGAAGGACAGAUCAUUUGACUUUCCGAUAUGGCCGCGAGUCCCCCAUCAUUCCCCCACCCCCAAAUUUGAUUAAUAAUAAUCAAUUCUUUCUCUGGAUUUGAUUUGAUUGAUUUGUGUAGCAGCAGCAGCAGCCAAAGCCAAAAACAAACAAAAAGAAAGAAGGAAAGAUGGUGGAUGAUGAUCAAUUCAAUGGAGGAAGUUGAUCGAAUAAAAGACACGAAGAAGAGAUCGGGGAAGAUGGGGAUUAUUCCGUUCGCCGCCAGACUCCGCUUCCGGUCACGGUUUCGAUCCUCAAUUGACUCCUACUGCUUCGCUCAUGAGGCCUUCUCCGAUCAAGAAGCUGACUUCGCUGACAAAGAUCCCACCGGCCGUUACAUUAGGUAUCAUGAUGUGCUAGGGAGAGGCGCUUUCAAGACUGUAUAUAAGGCGUUUGAUGAAGUAGAUGGAAUUGAGGUAGCUUGGAACCUAGUCAGCAUCGAAGACGUUAUGCAGAUGCCUGGUCAGCUCGAAAGGCUCUAUUCCGAGGUUCACCUCCUCAAAGCUCUUAAACACGAAAACAUCAUCAAACUCUUCAACUCUUGGGUCGACGAGAAGAACAAGACUAUUAACAUGAUCACUGAGCUUUUCACCUCUGGUAGUCUCAGGCUGUACCGUAAGAAGCAUAGGAAGGUUGAUCCCAAGGCUAUCAAGAACUGGGCAAGGCAGAUUCUUAAAGGCUUGAUCUAUUUGCAUUCUCAGAAGCCUCCUGUUAUUCACCGGGAUCUCAAGUGUGACAACAUAUUCGUUAAUGGAAACACUGGUGAGAUCAAAAUUGGUGAUCUCGGCCUUGCAACUGUCCUCCAGCAACCCACUGCUCGAAGCGUCAUUGGUACUCCUGAGUUUAUGGCCCCUGAGCUGUAUGAGGAGGAAUACACUGAGCUUGUCGACAUCUACUCUUUUGGCAUGUGUAUGUUGGAGAUGGUUACCUGCGAAUAUCCUUACAACGAGUGUCGAAACCAGGCUCAGAUUUACAAGAAGGUUACCUCGGGUAUAAAGCCUCAAUCUCUCAGCAGAGUUGAUGAUCCUCAAGUUAGGCAAUUCAUAGAGAAAUGUCUUCUUCCUGCCGAAUCUAGACCAAAGGCUCUCGAGCUCUCCAUGGACCCUUUCCUCGCCAGAGAUGGAAGCAAGGACUCUGCUCCUCUUCUUGCUUCAUCAAGCACUGCUUCUAAACCACCACAGCCUGAACAUCUUCCCAUGGAUGUGGAUCAUCAUCAUAACGAGAAUAAAAGUGUCUCAGUCUCCUCCUCUCGGAAAAGCAACAACGAGGAAUCGUACCCCUGGUGCCAAACCAUUGAACUUCAGAGGUUUGCAGAGGAUAAAGAGUUCAGGUUGAGAGGAGAGAGGAGCGAUGAUGCCACGGCGUCAAUGCUUCUGCGUAUCGGUGAUUCAUCUGGCAAAGGAAGAAUCGUACACUUUGCAUUCUAUCUGAAUUCAGACACAGCAACAGCAAUAGCUGAGGAAAUGGUUGAGGAGCUGCACCUAACAAGCCAAGAGGUUGUAGUGAUAGCUGAUAUGAUCGAUGACUUGAUAAUGCAACUUCACUCUGAGCGGUCCUCCUCUUCGCAUCCAAAUCAAACCUCUCCACAUCUAGCCGCCCGUGACGAUCAUCAUGAAGCAGCAAAUCAGCUAACUGCGAACUCGAAAGAUGAAGAAUCAAUGAAGUCUGGCAUAUCAACUGACUAUUACUUGCCCUUCUCCUCAAACGGAAGUGCUGGCCAGGAGGCAGAGUCCAUGAGCUCGUUUCUUGAUUCUUGCUCAAUGAUGUCAACCCUUUACAUUUCAGACAACGAGUAUCCAGACGAUCUCAAGACAGAACUGAACAUGAUCGAGUCACAGUAUAACCAGUCCGUCCAAGAUCUGCUAAAACUCAAGGAAGAUGCUGUUGAGAACGCAAAGAGAAAAUGGAUUAUGAAAAAGCAAAAAGGUUUGUGAUCAUCAAAGCCCUGAUUUUGGCACUUAUUCUUGGGGCCAUGAAUGGUGUGAUGAUGAUAUAUUUACAAUUGGUGUUUGGAUAUUUUGAUUUGAUGUAUUUUGUACUUAGCAAACAUGGAGUAGUGUUAUUCGACUUCUAUUAUUUCUAACAAUUAAACACACUGAACUCUUAAAAGAAGAAGAUCGACAUGUUUUGGA